AUGAAAGUCGUUGUGUACAGCACUCACCACUAUGACAAAGCCUCGCUGGAAAAUGCCAAUCGACAAGGUGGCUUCAAUUUUGAGCUCACUUUCCACGAUGCAGCACUCACUGAGGCAACUGCUGUCCUAGCUGCAGGACACAAUGCAGUCUGUGUGUUUGUGAACGACCAAGUUGACGCACCAGUCUUGAAAGUCUUAGCCAAAAACGGGAUCAGAGUUGUUGUCUUGCGGUGUGCCGGAUACAAUAAUGUGGACAUAAAGGCCGCGACUAGUUUUGGUGUCACCGUCCUGCGAGUCCCAGCUUACUCGCCGUACUCAGUCGCCGAGUUUACAGUUGGCUUGCUUCUGGCUCUUGACCGCAAAAUAUGUCGAGCCUGGCUUCGCAUUCGCCUGGACAAUUUCUCCCUUGACGGCCUUUUGGGACGCGACCUUCAUGGCAAGGUUGUUGGCAUUCUGGGUACAGGGCGCAUUGGCUGUUUAGUGGCGAAAGCAAUGAAACUCGGUUUUGGAUGCAAUGUGAUUGCCAGUGACCCCUUUCACAACACUGAACUUCAGAGUGUCGGCAUCCAGUAUGUCGAUCAUCAAGAACUGUUUUCGAAGUCCGACAUCCUUUGUCUGCACUGCCCGCUCUCCGCUGAAACCCAUCACAUUAUCAAUGCAGAUUCUUUGGCCAUGGCCAAAAAGGGGAUGAUACUUGUCAAUACUAGUCGAGGCGGGCUGAUUGACACCAAAGCCCUCAUUGCUGCGUUGCAGGAAGGGAUUAUUGCCGGCUGUGCAAUUGAUGUCUACGAGGACGAAGCGAGCUUGUUCUUUCGCGACUUGUCAAGCUUUGUCGUCCGCGAUGAUGCCUUCCAGCGCCUGAUCACAUUUCCAAACGUUUUGGUUACUGGACACCAGGCCUUUUUUACUCAGGAAGCCCUGGGAGCCAUUGCUCAGACCACUCUACAAAACCUCGCCGAUUUUGACGCCGGCAAGCCAAGCCCCGACAUGGAGGUCUAGCAGAAGCAGACCGAUAUACAUACAAAAGCAAGAUUGCAC